ACCCUCUGUGACACUUUCACUUUCCGUCUCCAGCUGGCAGACGGGCUCUGCUCUGUCCCAGGGGAUGGGGCAGCCGAUCCCUUGUGGGGCUUUCUCGGCUGGCCCAGCGCUUCCUGGGGCAAAGUCUCCGGGGCGAGGCCAGGGGCAGGGUGCACCCGGAGAGUCGCUCUGUUGGGGAGCCCAGUGGGGAGCGUCUCGGCCGAUAUAGGGGGAGAGUGACUGGGCUCAGCAUGGCCCUGCCUGUCCCCCUCCCCCUCCCUCUCCUCCUGCUGGGGGUCUUUGCCGUCCCAGGGGGCUGUUCCCACCCAGGCCUGCACUCGCUGCGCUAUUUCUACACGGCGGUGUCGGAGCCCGGCCCGGGGCUGCCCCAGUUCACCGUGGUCGGGUACUUGGACGACCAGCUCUUCUUCCAUUUCGACAGCGAGGUGAAGCAGGCCCAGCCUCGUGCCCCCUGGAUCCAGGCCGAGGGGCCCGAGUACUGGGACCGGCAGACCUGGAUCGCCAAGGGCUGGCAGGAGGCCUUCAACGGCAACGUCCGCAUCGCCAUGGAGCGCUACAACCAGAGCGGGGGCCUGCACGCCUUCCAGUACAUGUACGGCUGUGAGCUGCGGGCGGACGGUGGCACGGGGGGCUUCCGGCAGUACGGCUACGACGGGCGGGAUUUCCUCUCCUACGACACCCGCACCCACGCCUGGGUGGCACCCAGCAAGGAGGCCGAGAUCACCAAGGGGAAGAUGGAGGCCGACAGGCAUCUGAGUCAGCAGCAGCGGGACUAUCUGGAGAAGAAAUGCGUCGAGUGGCUGCAGAAAUACCUGAGCUACGGAAACGAGACGCUGCAGAGGAGAGAGCGCCCGGCCGUGCGGGUCACCAGCAGAGAC